AUGCCCUACUGCUAUGCAUCGAUGGACAGGAAGCCCUUGAUGCCCUAUACUCCGAAUGCCUUUCGCUCUCGCCUGGCUGUCGAUGAUGCCCCGGUGCCCUACAAGAACGCGUCCACCAUCGAGUUCAAUGAUGGCAUCCACACCUGCCACAAGAGAAGGUUCCAGACCACCAACGCAACGGUGUACACGGGCGAGCCUUGCGAUCCUAGGACGGUUUAG